AUGAAGCAAUCUUUGGGCAUCGUGGUGCUGCUGGGAUGGUUCCUGGGUGUACCGGGGGCCAAGGUGCGAUCUUGGGAAGCCCUUCUUGGAGAGGCACUGCAGCAGUCCAUGGGCCGGAAUGGCGACCAAAAGAGCUUCCGCUUGUCGGAGAAGGAGAUCGAAUAUCCUGAGAUCGAAUACAUGCUCGGCCAAGCUCGCGAGGGCGGCGACGGGCAGAGCCGUCUCGAAGUCCAGCGUGUGCGUCGCAAGGACCCUUUCACCAACGAGGAGUUUGACGACGUCUUCGUCAACGAGACCUGGACUGACCCAGACGAGGAAGGCAGGAGCAUUUGCCAGGAAGAAGGAGACGGCAACUUCACCCCUUCCAUUGAGCUGGUCCAGACUGCCCAGAAGCUGCUGGACUCGGAGUAUGGGGCAUUGGUGUCCACCGCCAUAGCGGCCUACGUCAGUAUGGCGGAGUACUUCGGCCAGGAGCUUUACCACUUGGAGGCCAAAGUGGGCUCGCAGGAGCCGAUCGAAGAUCCUCACGGACAGGUCCUCGUGGAGAUUUCCGAGGACUGGAACGUGGAGCUGAACAGGUUGCUGACGGCUCGGGGCAGGGAGGCUUGCCAGAACAGCCCGGAGUGGCUGCUGUUCUGCAUGAAGCAGACGACCUGCCUCCUCGAGGAUGCAGUGACCUCCGACCCACAGGUUUUCACGGCUGGCCGCAUGGCCACCUACCUGGAAGUGGAGAAGGAAGUGCACGAGCACUACGAGGAGUUUGCCAUCCUGGCAAAGCUGGGCCUGCCCCAUAUGCCGCCGCUUUGCAGCGGCGAGGAGGACAUCGUCCGGGAGGGCGCUCCAACCCCAGGAGCGUUGCUACAGCUCAAAACCGAAGUCGAGGAAACUUCGGGGACUUCAGCACGCAGGAGUCAGGCAGUGGCGGCCGUGGUGCAAUUGCACCGAGCAGCGCAGCGAACCGAGCUAGCCUUGAAGGACCACGCUAAGCUCGCGGACUUGGAGCUGUCCUUCUUCACCCACACUUGGAAGAAGACGUGCGAGAUGAUCGGCUGCAAUGUAGAAUCCUUCACCGACAUCCUGGAUGCCUCCAUCGGUCAUACGGCUGAGCUGGUGGAUGUGGAGGCUUCCUGGCACGCUGUGAAGACCCACCACCGCUCCUUCGUGCAGCUGAAGACUUCGGUUUUUGGUGCCCUGAACGGCAGCAGCGCCUUCCAUGAGAACUUUGCCAGCUUCAUCUACCGGCCGGGCAAGUCCAGGGGCCAGCGACGGACGGACCCCAUGUUCAAGGAGGCCAGUGACGUGCUCUCCACAGCUCUUGCCCUCAAGCAGCGCAACAACGAGGAUGGCAAGCCUAUCGCCAAGAGCGGCUGGUGGUGCUGGAGCUGGCGAGUCAUCGCCACGGGGGGCUAUGCGAAGAAGUUCCCGGACAAGACCUCCACCUGGGGUGUCGCUACUGGCUUCAAGCUGCUGACGGGCUCGACCUUGGACUUGGCAACACUCAUGAGCCAGAAUCAGCCAGGGUUCAACUUCAAGGCUACUGUUGGCCUUACGAUCGGCUACGUGCCGGACAUGCCAGGGGUUGCAGGUGUGAGGGCCGGUGUGGCCGUGGGAGGAUCCCUCUCCCUGGGGCCUGGAAAAAUCGAGAUCAAGAUCACCCUGGGCUUGGGCAUGUCUGCAGCGGUGGACGCCAAGUGGACCAACAACAUGCUCUGCGGUGGGCCCGAGGUCAUUGGCGUCCCUCCAUGGGACUUCAAGUGCCGCGGCAGCGUGGCGGCUUCCUUUACCCUGUUCUGCAAGAAGCUGAACUUCUUGGAUGGCAGCAACGGUGCUACCAUGGAUGAUCCCUGCUCUACUUGGAACAAGUGGUACAAGCAGAAUAACGGAGAUGCGGACAUGCCCGGCCAGGGCAGAUCGCAUGAGAAGAAUGCGGCCGCGUGCAGGGAGCGCUGCAAGACCGUGCGCGGCUGCAAGCACUACUCCUUCUGGAAGGACGGGGGCUGCCACCUCCAGAACUGGGACUCGCACAGGAAAUGGAGGAGGAACUCCGGCAUCAUGACAGGACCUCCUAUUUGCUGCGCCAGGCCCUCCAGCGCAAUCACGAGGGACAUGUCGGGACAGGGAAGGAGUGGCGAGGCAGAGUACAUGGGCUGCUGGAAUCGUUGCAAACGCGUGAAAGGCUGCCGGUACUUCACCUACUACGGAAAGGACGGCGGCUGUCAUCUGGGAGACCGGAACGUCGGCAUCGACCACAACAGCGGCCAGGGCGGUCGAAUCGUCACUUCCGAUGCGUAUUGCAUGGACGAGGACUUGAAGCACCACAACAUGAUCGCUUUGUUCAACAAGGAGCACAAGCGGUUCAUCCGUGUGACCAACACCCGACAUGUUGACGCCAGCGGUCGCCGCAACGACGGAACGCUUCCAGGAGACUGGAACUGGGAGAAGUUCCAGGUAGUGGAGUCCAAUUGGGGACAAGUAGGCUUCUACAGCGUCCAUGCGAGCAGGUUCUUGAUGAUGAAGGGCGAUGGGUCCAUGGGAGUCAGCGACUCGAGGAGACUCGACCAGUUGUGGGACGGAGACUCGUGGAUGUUGUUCCGACCAGUGGAGGCUGGCGAUGGAUACUUCGCUUUCCACAACGAAGCGCACAACCGCUACAUUCGGAUGAACCCCAACGGGGUGGUUGAUGCAAGCAACACGAAGGGUCGCGACGACCUUCCGGACUGGUGGGGGCAGGAGCGCUACAAAAUUGUGGAUGCCUGA